UGUAAUGGAAGAGCGAUGUAAGUGUACCAAAAGGCCUGGAGACUCUUUCUAAUACUCAAUGAAAUGGCUACAAAUGAAAACACAGUUUCAAAAGUGUCUGUAAGUGAGACCCUCACAUCCGACUCAGAUGAGGAGUCGUUAAUGGAUAUGUACGAUCAAUCCACAACUCGGAAACGAGCAUGCUGUGGGGAUACCUCAUCACUCACCCCACUAGCGAGGAAACGCCGCCAGAAAAGUGAAGAAGUAGCAGGCGUAAGAGGAAGAGUAAUGUCUGCUCUGAGAAACAUCAUCUCGGAGCUUCAAGCAACUUGUCUCGACAGAGAUAACAAGAUAACCAAGUUCGCUGCCGAAAAAAUAUUAGAUCACGCAGGAGAUCUGCAGGAUCUGGUGGUUGAACUCUUAGCUGACCAUGAAAAGCUGCAGGGACAGCUAGACCAGCAGCUAAAACUACAGCAUAACGUACCAAGUAAAGUGACAUAUGCAGAAGUGAUGAACAAAGGGGCUCCAGCACCAAAGGUUGGAAACAGAGCAAGCCCAAAUAAGCCUAAACAUAUAAUCUUUGUGAAACCAAAUGACUCCUCAAAACUUAAGAACAGUGAAGAGGUAAAGGAGUCAUUCAUGCGAAUAAUAAACCCAAGAAGUGAGCAAAUAAGAUUUCGUCAGGUCCGAAAGCUAAAAAGCAGAGGAAUCAUGAUAGAAGUCGAACGUGAAGGUGACUUUGCGAAAAUAAUGAAUAACAGCAAACUGCACGAACAUGGACUCAAAACCCAGCCACUCGAAAAGCGCAAACCCAGGAUGAUCAUAUAUGACAUUCCUAAAAAUGUCAACGAAGAAGAGCUGUUGGCAGUUAUUAAGUCUAUGAAUGAAGAGGUCUUCGCAGGAACCACAAACGAGGAAUUCAGUUUACUCUUCAAAACAGGCAAGCGUAGGGAAGAAGUAGUGAAUUGGGUAGCAGAAGUCUCACCAGCUGUGAGGGGAAAACUACUAUCCCAGCAGCGGCUAUAUAUAGACUAUAAUAGCUGCAAAGUAAAAGACUUUAUGGCCAUCAGUAGAUGUUUCCGGUGCCAAAGCUAUGGACACAUAGCUAAGUUUUGUAAAGAUGAAGAAGAUACUUGCUCCCAUUGCGCAGAAACUGGACAUAAAUUUACCAACUGCCCCAAGAAAAAAGAGGCAGCGCAGUGCGCAGCAUGUAAAAAGACCGGAAAGUCCCACGGUCACGGGAGAACAAGUAAGCAGUGCACCGCCUACAAGAUGGCGCUGGAGAGGUACCUUAACACAGUCUAA